AUGCCCCCUUCCUUCUGGGUGUGCCCUCCGGCCGCUGCCGCCAUCCGAGUGCUGCGGGGCCACCAGCAUUCUGUCACCUGCCUUGUUGUCUCUCCGGAUGACAAGUUCAUCUUUUCGGCUGCUAAGGAUGGCUCCGUCAUCAAAUGGGAAGUGGAGAGUGGGAAGAGACUCUGCGUGGUGCCUGGGGGCAAGAAAGGCACGGAGGGGCAGCACAUGGGGCACACGGCCCAUGUUCUCUGCAUUGCCAUCUCAUCGGACGGCAAGUACCUGGCUACAGGAGACAGGAACAAGCUGAUUCUGAUCUGGGAGGCAGCCACCUGCAAGCGCCUUUAUACGUUCACUGGUCAUCGUGAUGCCGUGUCGGGCCUGUCUUUCCGGAAGGGUACAUACCAGCUGUACAGUGCAUCCCAUGACCGCUCCGUCAAGGUCUGGAAUGUGGAGGAGAAUGCUUAUUUGGAGACCCUCUUUGGGCACCAGGACAUCAUCACAGGGAUGGACAGCCUGAGUCGGGAGUGCUGUGUUACCUCAGGGGGACGAGAUGGCACUGUGCGUUUCUGGAAGAUCCCCGAGGAGUCACAGCUCAUUUUCUAUGGGCAUCAGGGCUCCAUUGACUGCAUCCAGCUCAUCAAUGAGGAGCACAUGGUGUCAGGUGCUGAUGAUGGGUCAGUGGCCUUGUGGGGGCUGGCGAAGAAGAAGCCACUGGCACUGGUGAGGCAAUCGCAUGGGACGCAGGGCUCUGCCCAGGACCUGCAGCAGCCGUACUGGGUAUCUGCAGUGGCCGCCUUGCUCAACAGUGACCUUGUGGCUACAGGUUCCCACAGUGGCUGUGUGAAGUUGUGGAAGUGCGGUGAGGGAUUUCAGAAGCUGGAGCCCCUCUGUGAUAUCCCAUUGAUUGGCUUUGUCAACAGCCUGAAGUUCUCAUCAACGGGAGACUUCCUGGUGGCUGGCAUUGGGCAGGAGCACCGGUUGGGCCGAUGGUGGAGAGUAAAAGAAGCCAAGAACUCCAUUUGCAUCAUUCCUCUUAAGUGUAGAGCCGAAGCCCCUGGUCCUAUGGCAGCUGAUUGCGCUUAGUCUCCAAGCACUACCCCAAGAGCUACAGGAAAUGGAUCAUUAAAGCCUGUAUAAUACAGAGUA